AUGAAGAUCACUGUAGCUUUCGCAGGCCUUUUGGCCACGUCGCUUGCCGCCCCUUCUACCGGACCUGUUCUGGUAUCACGAAGUGCUGGAAUUAACUACGUUCAGAACUAUAACGGUAACCUUGGUGACUUUACCUACGACGAGAGUGCUGGAACAUAUUCUAUGUACUGGGAGGAUGGUGUAAGCUCUGAUUUCGUCGUUGGUUUAGGCUGGACCACUGGUUCCUCCAACUCCAUCACCUACUCUGCUGAUUACAGCGCCGCUGGCUCUGGCUCCUACCUCUCUGUGUACGGCUGGGUCAACUCUCCUCAGGCUGAAUACUACAUCGUCGAGGAUUACGGCGAUUACAACCCUUGUAGCUCAAGCUCAGCCACAAGCCUUGGUACCGUGUCCUCUGAUGGGGGCACCUACCAAGUCUGCACCGACACUCAGACCAACCAGCCAUCAAUCACGGGAACGAGCACGUUCACGCAGUUCUUCUCCGUUCGAGAGAGCACACGCACAUCUGGAACAGUAACUGUUGCCAACCAUUUCAGCUUCUGGGCGGAGCAUGGGUUCGGCAACAGCGACUUUAACUAUCAAGUCGUGGCAGUGGAGGCAUGGAACAAUUAUCUAUAG